UCCAAAGGAGAAGCCAAGGGUGAGCUUCUACCGGCUGACAAAUAAAACCAUUCCUUGGCUCCUGGUCUUUGGGAGGGCUUGGCCCUGGGAAGAGGAGGAAGAGAAGGACAAAGAGAGGGAGGAAAAGUUUUCUCCAGAAGAGAUGCAGUGGCCGGAGAUGGCUUUGGUCCUGAGCAUCUUGCCAUGGGCGCAUGCAGACACCUACACCUCCAUGCUGAGCAUCCUCCAGGCCCGGGAGAUAGAAAGGGAACUCCUGCAGAAUUUGCACACUUACCUGGAAGAGGAGACCAAGCGGCUCAAUGAUCUCCGGAGAUUCUAUGAGAAGAUCCAGGACCUGCACCAAGGGGUGGGCACAACAGCGGGCAACCCUUUGUUGGCAUAUGCCCUGAUCAAGAGGUUACAAUCUGACUGGUUGAAUGUGGUCUACAGCAUGGAGGCAAAUGAGAACAGCCAAGCACUAAAGAAAGGCUACCAGAGACUGGAGGGAAGCCUACCUGCCUUUGAAGACCUGGAAGGAGCAGCCCGGGCCGUGAUGCGGUUACAAGACGUCUACUCUUUGAACGUCAAGGAACUGGCCAAAGGAAGGUUUCGGAGGAACAGCAACAUCCCCCUUCCAGACAUAUACAGCCCUGGGCAGGACUUCUCCUUGUCGGCUGACGACUGCUUCCAGAUUGGAAAGGUGGCCUAUGACAUGGAGGAUUACUAUCAUUCCAUCUUGUGGAUGGAGGAAGCCGUCAGCCUUUUCCGCCUCUCCUACGGAAACUGGAACACGGAGGAUGAGGGCAGUCUGGAAGAUGCCUUGGACCACUUGGCCUUCUCCUACUUUAAGGCAGGAAACGUUUCCCAGGCCUUAAGCCUCUCCCAGGAGUUCCUCCAUUACGAUCCUGACAACAAGAGGAUGGCGAGGAACGUCCUGAAAUACGAGAAGCUUUUGAUGGCGAACCCUGAUGGCAUUGGCGAAGAGGUGGCCCUGCAGAGACCCAACGUGACCCACCUGGAGACCAGAGAUACUUACGAACAGUUGUGCCAAAGCCUGGGAUCUUGGCCAAGCCAUUAUGAACUGCCGGACCUCUCCUGCUCCUACGAGAUGAAUGGGGACCCACUCCUCAUCCUCCAGCCCCUGAAGAGGGAAAUUGUCCACCUGAGACCCCACCUGGCCCUCUAUCAUGACUUUGUCAGUGAUUCUGAAGCUGAGAAGAUCAAGACAUUGGCUGCUCCAUGGUUGCAGAGAUCGGUGGUUGCCUCUGGAGAAAAGCAGCAGCAAGCUGACUACCGGAUCAGCAAAAGUGCCUGGUUGAAAGACACCUUGGAUCCAGUGACUGUGGCAUUAGAUCGCCGGAUCGCAGCCCUGACUGGCUUGAACAUCCAGCCCCCUUAUGCCGAAUAUCUGCAGGUGGUGAACUAUGGAUUGGGGGGACACUACGAGCCCCACUUUGACCAUGCCACAUCAAGAAAAAGUCCCCUUUACCGGUUGAAAUCCGGAAACCGAAUUGCCACAUUGAUGAUUUAUCUGAGUUCAGUGGAAGCUGGAGGGUCCACAGCCUUCAUCUACAACAACCUCAGCAUUCCUGCUGUCAAGAAUGCAGCUCUGUUUUGGUGGAACCUCCACAGGAAUGGGAAUGGGGACGAUGACACCCUCCACGCCGGCUGCCCAGUGCUUGCUGGAGACAAAUGGGUGGCCAACAAGUGGUUCCACGAAUACGGGCAGGAGUUUCGACGGCCGUGCAGCACCAACCCAGAUGACUAGGGAAAUCUCUAGUAUUGUAUUCCGAUGCCAAAGAGCUGGAAAAGGUGGCACGCCAGAGCUGGUGGCGGUGGAGAACUGAGGAGAGAAUCUAUGAACUCCUUCUCCUUCCUAUCCUGAUGCAGCCGGGUUUGGAAGACCACCUGGGGCAUUGAGCAGCGGCCAAAACGUGUCUUGGCAAGACUUCCUCGGGAAUUUAUUUAGACUGAGGACUGUCAGGUGUGGAAGAAGGGGGGAUGUGCGGUCUCCUGAGCAGGAGAGAAAGGAGCAACUGGUACUCAGGCAGAUAGACUAAGAAGCUUUCGUCCAUCUUUUAUGGUUCCUGGAAGGACUACUGGGGGGAUUGUGUAUAUAGACAUGGUAAUAACCAGAAUGUGACACACACACACACACCUUGGGAAGAGAAAUACCUGUUUGAGGUAGGCCUAAAUACCCCUAAAGGCACUAAAUUUGCAGAAGUGGAAUUGUGCAGGUGGUGCCAUUGUGUAUGCAGAUGUGCCAGUGUACACCAGCGGCAUGUGCAGAUUUGCAUGUGAUUCACACUGGGCAUGCAUGCACAUUCAUUUGCACAUGGGGUGUGCGUGAAGUUGUACAACUCUGCCAUUCAAUGUAAGGAUCAUGUGUAUAACAACCAAUGCAUCACCCCACAUGUGUAGGUAGAUUCGUGCUACGCAAUCCCAAUGUUGGAGCUCAGGCAUGACCUUACUUAAUUUUAGAGGAAAACACUGAAAAUCAUUGCCCUGAUCUUGGAAGCCAGGCAGGGUCAGCCCUGGUCAGUACUGUACUUGGAUGGAAGACCCCCAACAAAUAGCAGGCGCUGGGGAUCUUAGCUGGGAAAGAAAAAUGCCUGUUUAAGGAAAGGCAAUCAAAGUGAUAUAACAGUGUAGCUGGAAAGGGGCCUGUGAUGGAAAGAGCUUCACCUGUUCAUUUUCUGCCUGCAAAGCAGCUUGUCAACUUCUUCCCAUGAAAAGCUGGUAACUAUAACUGGCAGUUAAUCUGGUGGCAAAGGAGGAGGAAGAGAAGGGAAGAAAGCUUUCUUUUUUGCUUCCAAGAAGUUGUUGUCUACACACCUCCCUUGUGGCCUGAUGCCAACCAAGUCAAUAUUUGGAAAAGUGAGAUUGUGGUUAACCAGGGAAGCAAUGGACACGGUUGCUUCUUUCAGAUAGGACCAGGUGAGAAAUCAUGCAUGCAGACACCUUCGUUCCAUUGCAAAGAAGAGAGCCUCUAUUUCUUUCUCAAUUUGCAUUGGUCACAUUGGAUCAUUCAUCCAUCCAUUCCAGGCAUUGCGAGCAGCGAGGAAAGAAAUACUACAAGUGGGCACUUGAUUCUCACCUUAGUACCAAAUCCAAAUAAUUUUUUUUAAAAACCUAUAAUAAACUUAGUUUUUAAACAAGGCCCAACUAGCCCACUCCAACCUGAGCUUGGUACCAUCUUUGAA